CAGCAUCUUUCUCCCAGCUUGGAACUGAAUCAGAUGGAUUUUUCUUCCAACAAUAUGUGGGAAGGAACAAAAUGUCUGUUGGCUGCAGCCUCCCAGCCAACGGUUGCGCUCGGAAAAACCAUGAACCUUAUAUAUUUGCAUUUGAAAGACUGGGAUUUGUGGUAUAACACAAUCCAGAUUUUAUCAUUUUGCGAAAGGGCUAUAGAUUUAUUUUGCUAUUUUCCACAACUGCCAGUUGCUCUUUUUUCGUUCUCAGCAAGACCUUAUAUUUCCAUUUAAAAAAUACACGCAAGACACAAUUAUCUAAUCCAAUGUACGUUUGAGUGUUUUGGUCUUGGCAUCAACACAUUUUCAGCCAGUUUGGAAUUAAGCUAAAUUCUGUGGUUUUAUCAGAACUUAGUCCACAAAUAAACUUCUGGCUCUUAACUGAUCCUUGAUAUUAUCUGCUUCUCAGCUCAGGAGACAGGCUGAGCAGGACCGGUACUGUUGAAGCAGAAUAUCCGUCCUCAUAUUAUAACUUUAUUAUAACUUUAUCCAAAGGAAGCUUCAAGGAAUCUGUUUAAGAACUGAUCGCUGGCUGGAGAAUUCUGGGAGUUGAAGUCCACAAGUCUUAAAGUUGCCAAGUUUGGGGACUUCUGGCCUAUUAUUUUAGAGCAUUCUGUCAAACUUGGCGACUUUAAGACGGGGGAACUCCCAGGAUUCCCUAUUCUUAAGUCGCCAAGUUUGGUGGGAACGAGAAGCGGAGAGUAACGGGGAAAAAGUUCGUGGCAAUUUUUUGUGGACAGUUUCGUUCAGGCUACAGUUUCCGGCAUUCGAGGCCCCUAAAGCACGGUUCUCGCUUCCCCUCGUAAAGGGAAACAGUUCACAUUUUUCUUCACAUGACAAACCACGCCCUCGCGGCCUCCGCGCCGAACGAUUGGAUCAGUUAUUCCCACCUCCCCGCCCCUAAAUACAUUUUUCCUCUCGUGAUUGGUCUCGCAGAGACUUGGAGCUUUGUCCUCCGCUUCCGCGUCUGGCCUCCUGCUUGCCGCUCGGCAGCGAAUUAAGUCGCUCCCUCCUCUUCUUCCUCCUCCGUGAGCGUCUUCUCCUCACACGGGCGAGGCCAGCGCGGCUUCGGGCCAAGGGCGCGCCGUCGCCGCCUCAGAGUGACGCUCCGGUCUGUGAUUGGCGAAAGCCCCCGGCUGGGUUUCCGGUGCGAUAAAGCAGCCCUGGGACGGGCGGUGGUUGGUUUCUAGGUGGCUGCUUGUCCGAGCCGGCAAGAUGAAGCGCAACGGCGAGAAGAUGGGCGGGCAACCUCGUGCCAACGGCUGCAGCCUCCCAGCCAACGGUUGCGGUCGGAAAAACGGUUACGUCCCAGGCUUCGCCGGGCCCGGGUCCCACGGCCAGAUUCAUCAUAUUACACAUAAUGGAGAUUUAUAUAACAGAUCUUUCAAUGAAACUUUUGAAGAAACACCAAUGCUGGUUGCUGUGCUGACUUAUGUAGGUUAUGGUGUGCUCACCCUUUUUGGAUAUCUUCGAGACUUUCUACGGCAAUGGAAACUUGAGAAAUGCCAUAAUGCAACUGAAAGAGAUGAACAGAAGGACUUUGUUCCUCUGUACCAAGAUUUUGAAAACUUCUACACAAGGAAUCUUUACAUGCGCAUCAGAGAUAACUGGAACAGACCGAUUUGCAGUGCUCCAGGAGCAAAAAUGGAUAUGUUGGAACAAGUUUCUCAUGACUACAAUUGGACAUUCAAGUAUACAGGAAAGAUAAUAAAAGAUGUAAUUAAUAUGGGAUCCUACAACUAUCUUGGAUUUGGAGAAAAUCAUGGUGCUUGCAAAUAUGCAGCGUCUAAGGUUAUCUCACAAUAUGGAUGUGGGAUUUGCAGUACUAGGCAAGAGAUGGGAAACCUGGAUAAACACGAGGAACUAGAAAGUUUAAUAGCCAGAUUUCUUGGUGUGGAAUCAGUUUUGGCAUAUGGGAUGGGAUUUGCCACAAACUCGAUGAAUAUUCCUGCUUUGGUUGGCAAGGGUUGUCUAAUAGUGAGUGAUGAGUUGAAUCAUGCAUCAUUGGUCCUAGGAGCAAGACUGUCAGGAGCAACAAUUCGGAUCUUUAAACACAAUAAUAUGCAAAGCCUGGAGAAACUACUGAAAGAUGCCAUUGUAUAUGGGCAACCUCGCACACACAGGCCAUGGAAAAAAAUUCUCAUCGUUGUUGAAGGCAUCUACAGCAUGGAGGGAUCAAUAGUCCGACUGCCUGAAGUAAUUGCGCUUAAGAAAAAAUACAAAUCUUACCUCUACGUGGAUGAAGCUCAUAGUAUAGGAGCACUGGGUCCCAAUGGCCGGGGUGUAGUUGAGUAUUUUGGACUUAACCCUGAGGAUGUGGAUAUUAUGAUGGGGACAUUCUCUAAGAGCUUUGGAGCUGCUGGAGGAUACAUUGGAGGCAAGAAGGAGCUGAUUGAUUACCUUCGUGUCUACUCACACAGUACAGUGUAUGCCACAUCAUUUUCCCCUCCAGUUCUUCAACAAAUAAUUGCAUCAAUGAAGUGUAUUAUGGGCGAAGAUGGCACAACAUUUGGCAAGAUGCGCAUACAACAGUUGGCAGACAACACCAGAUACUUCCGAAGACAACUUCAGAAAAUGGGAUUUAUAAUAUAUGGAAAUGAAGAUUCUCCUAUUGUACCUCUGAUGCUCUAUAUGCCAGCAAAAAUUGGGGCAUUUGGACGAGAGAUGUUGAAACGGAACAUAGGUGUCAUUGUAGUGGGCUUUCCUGCUACACCAAUCAUUGAAUCCAGAGCAAGAAUUUGUUUGUCUGCAUCUCAUAGCAGAGAGAUACUAGACACUACUUUAAAGAAAAUCGAUGAAGUUGGAGACCUCUUGCAAUUGAAAUAUUCUCGUCAUCGAGUGGUACCUCUCCUUGACCGACCUUUUGAUGAGACAACAUAUGAAGAAACAGAUGACUGAACUCUUUUGAUGUCUUCUUUGAAUUGAGUAUGCUCCUUAGAACUUUAUAGGGCUCAAAGACCACGGUUCUUGAAUGCAACACUUAAUGACUGCUCGCCAUACACAGAAUGACUUUUUACUCACCAAACUGAAGUGACCACAAGAGCUAUUAAAUUAUGUGUGGUAAAUGCCAAACCAAGUCUGGAUUUUAUUCCCAUUGCUUCAAGAUCCAGCUAUAGGUGGGUGCCUGCCCUGCAUUUUUAAAAUGCUGCCUUCUUAUUUAUGUUACAGUAAGAUCCCUUUGGCUUCUGUUGGCACAUCUGCAUUAUUCAUCAUUCUGCCAUAAAGGCUUUGUUGGUGUGUUAGUAAAUACUGCAGGAUUUCUUUUACUUUCUCUUUAAAAAUGUCUGACCUUCCUCAAAAUAUAUGAUUGGUCAAAUGAAUCAGUUAAGGUUUUUGAGGAGAUUGUUGACAGCUAAUUAACAUACAUUGAAUAGAAAGAAUAAACCUAAGUGUUUCCCUUCCCCAUUAUUUCAUGCUGUUGGGAGAGUGCCUUUUUAUUAGUAAAAUGAUGAUUGACAAACAAGUUUAAGGAAUAUUAUGUUCAUCAAUGCACAAAAGAAGUCUUCCAGACCAUGGGCCACUUUGGGUUUUCAGGCUGAGUAAUAAGCUUUCUGCAUUUAAGUAAGUAGCAAAUAAUGCUUGAGAGCAGGAGAGAUUUUUAUGUGAGCAUUCUCUUUCUUGAAUGGAAUUACUCAUGCAUACUCUACUUGUUCAUAUUUACUUCAUGGAGAGUAUUACAAAAUUAUAUUCUUGUGAAUUCAGUUGAUGUGUUCCAUCAAGGAGUUUGUAUUUUCCCCAAUAUGGUAAAUAUUUGAUUAUCACAUCCUACAGAGUGAAGCCAUAAUAGUUACCAUAUAAAUUGAACAUAGCAAAUUAUCUUGGGCAAGCUUCAUCAUAGAAUAAGCAUUGAAGUUUGAGUUCUGACAGAUUAUAUUAGAAUUUUCUGUAUGAAGCAUUUUCUAUAUAAAGUUCUGAAUUUCAAAUGCUGAUAUGAUAAUUUUAGAUUGACUGUUUAGAUCUCUGAUUAUGAAGAUGACAAGAAUCUGACCUAAAAAUUAAGAGCCAAUUUUGUCUCUAUAUGAGCUUCACAUGAUAUUAUCAUUAAUCUUUUGGGGACCACUAAAAGAAUUAUGAUUUGAUGGAAAAAUAAUUUAUGUAUAUAACUAUUUGUGGCAGCUGACAAAAUGAUGUUUUCUCAAUAAAAGUGUGUACAAAGCAGUCGGCGUAUGUCAAAAAGUGACAUCAUUACUAAAAUCUCAAAGUACAUAAGUGCAUUGAAAAAUACAAAUCUUUGUGUUGUCCAUUUGCCAAAUCCACCUUUUGGGGCCAGUAUUUCACUGAACUGUGUAUUAAAACUGUCUGCAUUUUAUGGGUAACUGUAGAGAAGUUGGAAAAUAAACUGAGCAAAAAAGAAAAUCAACAAUGUAUGGAGCCAGAGGCUUAUUAGCUAAUGGUGGCUCAUAUUUUGGUAGUCAUUAAGCAGGCUUGCACUAUCUUACAUUGCACUGUGCUCCUACUCUUCUCUGUUGGUAAUAAUGUAUAUAUAGUCUAGAUUUUUUAAAUAACUAUUAAAACAUUUUAAACAAACUUUUUAAUUAACUUUUUAAUUUCUUCCAGAAAUACAACUUUUUUACACUGUGAGGAAGUCAUACAAAUUUGGGUGCCAGGUGGGAAGGGAGGAAAAAGAGAAGCAGAUUUUACAUUGACUUUUAGGGAAAAUAACAAUGCAUGUUA